CUAAACGGGGGAAUCCCCAGAUAAAGUUUUCUUGACGAAAUUCGGUUUUCCCUUGGCCUUGCUUGUACUCCAAACUGUAGAACUGUAUUAUGGCUACGAAUUUGAACUUCAACAUCGGAAUGCUUGGACAUGUAGAUAGCGGAAAAACAUCUUUAUCAAAAUCGAUGAGUAGUGUCGCGUCCACUGCUGCAUUUGACAAGAAUCCCCAGAGCAAACAGCGUGGAAUUACUCUUGAUCUUGGAUUUUCAUCAUUUACUGUUCCUGCACCUGAUCAUAUUGUGAAUGAAUCAAUAACCCAUGUUCAAUAUACUCUCGUUGAUUGUCCUGGCCAUGCAUCACUGAUUAGAACUAUCAUAGGAGGUGCUCAGAUAAUUGAUCUAAUGAUUCUUGUUGUUGAUGUUGUGAAAGGAAUGCAAACUCAAACAGCUGAAUGUCUUGUUAUUGGUGAAAUUAUUUGCGAAAAACUUCUUGUCGUUUUAAAUAAAAUUGAUUUGAUACCUGAAGAUAAAAGACAGGCACAUAUUGAGAAAAUGUCAAAGAAAAUGCACAAAACAUUGGAAAGGACAAAAUUUGUUGGAUGUGAUAUUGUUCCCGUAGCUGCUAAUCCUGGAGGCUCAGAAAAUGAAAAAGUAAAUGAACAAGGAUUAAACAUUGAAACAUUAAUAGAGACGAUCAAAAGGCAUACCUAUAUUCCAGAAAGAUCACCAUCCGGUUCGUUCAUAUUCAGUGUCGAUCACUGUUUUUCAAUCCGAGGUCAGGGUACUGUGAUGACAGGAACAGCAUUGAGUGGAAAAAUAUCUGUAAAUGAAAAUGUUGAAGUUCCUUCAUUAAAGGAAGUGAAGAAAGUAAAGUCGAUUCAAAUGUUUAGAAAACCGAUUAAUUCCAUACAACAAGGAGACAGGGCUGGAAUAUGUGUGACACAGUUUGAGCCGAAGCUUUUGGAAAGAGGACUUGUGUGUGAUCCAGGAUCACUACCCACUCUUUAUGCAGCGGUAGCGAAAAUUUCCAAAAUACCCUAUUUUUCUGGGGACGUUGCCACUCGCUCAAAAUUCCAUAUAACGAUUGGUCAUUCGACGGUCAUGGCGCGUUUAUUACUUUUUGCUGAUUCGUCGAAAAAAACUGGUGCAGAUGAGAAAAUGUCUUCUUGGGUUUUGAAAAGAUCUGAUACAGAUUGUUUCGAUUUUACAAAAGAAUAUAUAUACAUGGAAAAAUUAGAAGAAAGGGCUAAAAAUCAAUUUGUUCUACUUGAAUUUGAGAAAGCUGUUACAUGCAGAAGGAACAGUCUUGCUAUUGGAUCAAGACUUGAUUCUGAUAUCAAUGCAAACAAAUGCAGGUUGGCUUUUCAAGCAAGGAUUGUUGAAUCUAUUAUUGAUAAAGAUUAUGAGAAAAACAUUCUACCUAAUAUUAAAGUUUACAAAAAUAAAAUGAAGGAAGGAAUUGUUGACAGAAUACAAGACGAUUAUACUGUUAUUUGUCGCGGUUUAUUGAAGAAAGAAUCAAAUAUUGAAUUAUUUCAAAAUCUCAAAGUAGAAUUAUCAACAGGAGAACAAGGGAAAAUUGAAGGGAAUUUCGGACAAAGUGGAAAAAUUAAAAUAAGAAUACCAGAUGGAAUUGGUGAAAAAUGCAAGAAUGCAUUAGGAGGGAAAGGAAGUAAAAAAGAAAGAAAUAAAAAGAAUCAGAGUGCAAAAGAAGAAGGGAAACAGCCAACAACUGUAACAAACGAGACCGUUUUACUACAUUUAAAAUUCAAGAGAUAUAUUUUUGAUUUGGGUAAAAAAAUGAUUCAAACCUAACUUUAGAUAGGACUUUUAAAAAGUA